UCUUACUUCAAAGCUGCAACGAAGCAGCACGGCAUCGACGUUCAGAGCUUCAUUAGAUGAGCAACGCUAGUGAAUUGUUCUAGUGGAUCAACAUAAUUAGCACUCUCCUCCACUCGUACCGAUGGAGAUCCGGGGGCUUCUAAUGGGUAGACUACGGUUAGGACGACGGGUGAUUCCGCUGAGGCUGCUGUGUAUUACUGCGUUACUGCUGCUGUUGCCACCCUCCGCCCUCGUGCAGGGACGGCAUCACGAGCUCAACAAUGGUGCCGCCAUCGGUUCGCAUCAGCUGUCGGGUGCCAGUGCCGGCCUUUCCUCCCAGUCCGCCCAGUCCGGAUCGCUCACAUCCGGUGUGAUAUCGUCCGCACCUGCCGUCUCAUCAUCCUCAUCGCUGUCAUCGUCCGGCGAGGACGAUCUGGCACGGAUUACGCUCAGCAAAGAUGCAGAUGCAUUUUUUACACCAUAUAUAGGUCACGGUGAGUCCGUACGAAUUAUAGAUCCCGAGUUGGGCACGCUCGAACGUGAGCAUGUCCAUAGUGGUGCAACACCGCGACGGCGCGGUCUGACGAGGCGUGAAUCAAACGCGGACGCCAACGAUAAUGAUCCGCUGGUAGUGAACACCGAUAAGGGUCGCAUUCGCGGCAUCACGGUGGAGGCGCCCAGUGGCAAGAAGGUCGAUGUGUGGCUAGGCAUUCCCUACGCACAGCCACCGGUCGGACCGCUACGAUUCCGCCAUCCCCGACCGGCCGAGAAGUGGACCGGUGUGCUAAACACGACCACGCCACCGAACAGCUGCGUGCAAAUUGUGGACACCGUGUUCGGUGACUUUCCGGGUGCGACCAUGUGGAACCCUAACACACCGCUAUCGGAGGACUGUCUGUACAUCAAUGUGGUGGCACCGCGACCCCGGCCCAAGAAUGCUGCCGUCAUGCUGUGGAUCUUUGGCGGAGGAUUCUACUCCGGUACGGCCACGCUGGAUGUGUACGAUCAUCGGGCGCUUGCGUCGGAGGAAAACGUGAUCGUCGUGUCGCUCCAGUACCGUGUGGCCAGUUUAGGUUUCCUGUUCCUCGGUACACCGGAAGCACCGGGCAAUGCAGGACUGUUCGAUCAAAACCUUGCACUACGAUGGGUCCGGGACAACAUUCACAGGUUCGGUGGAGAUCCAUCGAGAGUAACUUUGUUUGGCGAAAGUGCCGGUGCGGUUUCCGUUUCACUUCAUCUACUCUCGGCGCUUUCUCGCGAUCUGUUCCAGCGAGCGAUACUGCAGAGCGGUUCACCUACGGCACCGUGGGCACUUGUGUCACGGGAGGAAGCUACGCUCAGAGCGCUACGGCUUGCGGAGGCGGUCGGUUGUCCGCACGAGCCGAGCAAACUAAGCGACGCGGUCGAAUGUCUGCGUGGCAAAGAUCCGCACGUGCUAGUGAACAACGAGUGGGGCACACUCGGCAUAUGUGAGUUCCCCUUCGUGCCGGUUGUCGACGGUGCGUUCCUGGACGAAACACCACAACGGUCACUGGCGAGCGGGCGCUUCAAAAAGACGGAAAUUCUCACCGGUAGUAACACGGAGGAAGGUUACUACUUCAUCAUCUACUACCUGACGGAGCUGCUGCGCAAGGAGGAAGGCGUAACCGUAUCGCGCGAAGAAUUCCUGCAAGCCGUCCGCGAGCUCAACCCGUACGUGAACGGAGCGGCGCGUCAGGCGAUCGUGUUCGAGUACACCGACUGGACCGAACCGGACAAUCCGAACAGCAACCGGGACGCGCUGGACAAAAUGGUGGGCGAUUAUCAUUUCACCUGCAACGUGAACGAGUUCGCGCAGCGUUACGCAGAGGAAGGUAACAACGUGUACAUGUAUCUGUACACGCACCGAAGCAAAGGCAACCCGUGGCCACGCUGGACGGGUGUUAUGCACGGUGACGAGAUUAACUACGUGUUCGGCGAACCGCUCAACCCCAGUCUCGGCUACACCGAGGACGAGAAAGACUUUAGCCGAAAGAUCAUGCGAUACUGGUCAAACUUUGCCAAGACGGGCAACCCCAAUCCCAACACAGCCAGCAGCGAGUUUCCCGAAUGGCCCAAACAUACAGCCCACGGACGGCACUAUUUGGAGCUGGGCCUCAACACGUCCUUCGUCGGUCGGGGUCCACGGCUGAGGCAGUGUGCCUUCUGGAAGAAAUACCUUCCCCAGCUAGUUGCAGCUACCUCUAACCUACAAGUGGCAGCACCACCAAGUGCACCGUGCGAAAGCAGCGCAUUUUUUUAUCGACCUGAUCUGAUUGUGCUGAUAGUGUCACUGCUGACAGUUGCGGUCAAAUUCAUACAAUAAUUACUACCCCUCCCCCCUCCAUGGCCUAGUUCGUUUUAAGCUUUAAGAUAGUGAGGAACAAAUUUUUCCUAAACAAUUUG